UCCAAUUGGGACCGUUGGGGCAGUUGCAGUUGAUAUGAAUGGAAUUAUUGCAACGGCUACAUCUACUGGAGGGUUCAACAAUAAGAAAAGUGGUCGUAUAGGCGAUACACCCCUGAUUUCAGCUGGCACCUGGGCUGAUAAUGAAACUUGUGGUGUGCGUGGGACAGUAAAUGGAGAGUAUUUUAUCCGUUAUGGUGUUGCACAUGAUGUCUCAGCUAGAAUGAAAUAUCUCGGUGAAAGUGUACACAAGGCCGCGACAACUGUCAUUGAAAAUCUUAAAAAAGUUGGUGGUGAUGGUGGUGCCAUUGCUUUGGAUAAAUACG